AGGAGAGUGCUGAAUAAUCCAGUGAUGCAAAAAGUAAUGGAAGCUGCUAGCAAAUCUAAAAAAAUGCUCGGAGCGCAUGUUAGUGUUGCAGGUGGCUUAGAACUGAGUUUUUAUAAUGCUUUAUCUAUGGGGUGUCGGUCAUUUGCAUUUUUUGUUCGUAACCAUCGUUCGUGGAACAGCCCACCUAUGAAGGAUGAAGUUGUGCAAGCAUUUCGCGAAACCGCGCUGAAAUUAAGAUUUCCAAUGGAUCAAAUUGUUGUUCAUGCAACAUAUUUGAUCAAUGCUGGCAGCUUUGAUGUAGAAAUCUUAAAUCGAACUCGAGUAGCAAUGUUGGAUGAAUGCAAACGAUGUGAAAAGCUCGGCAUCAUAUAUUAUAAUUUUCAUCCUGGAUCCACAGCAGGAAAAUGUACUCGAAGUGAAUGUAUUAGAACAAUCGCGGAUAGCUUGAAUUAUGUGAUCGAUCAGACAGAAUAUAUUACAUUAUUAAUUGAAACCAUGGCUGGGCAAGGAAACACUAUUGGUGGGAAGUUCGAAGAAAUAAAGCAAAUUAUUGAAUUGGUGGAUAAUAAGAAGCGGAUUGGAGUAUGCAUUGAUACUUGUCAUAUUUUUGCUGCUGGUUACGAUAUACGAUCAGAAGAACGGUAUAACGAAACCAUUAGCAAAUUUGAUAAUGUCGUUGGACUGCAAUAUCUUCGGGCGUUUCAUAUAAAUGAUUCAGUAGGUGACCUUGGUUCGAAAUUGGAUCGUCACGCGAAUAUUGGUAAAGGCAAGUUGAACCUGAUAGCUUUUCGUCAUCUUAUGGCUGAUUCACGAUUUGAUGGGUUGCCUAUGAUCUUAGAGACACCAGAAGGAGAUUAUGCAAGCGAGAUGAUACGAUUAUAUCGCUCAUUAGAUAGCAAACCAGGGAACAUUCAGAAAGAUGUGAAAUCAUUUUUUUCAGUACUUUAA